CUGCCCGAGUCCGUGGGAGUCCACUUUCCGCUGUCCAAGGAUGGACCCUUCUCUGCCAUUUCUUUCUUCGGCUCUUUGGGGUGCCCUUCUGUGGGCUGGCUCCCUCCCCAGUCUGGCCUGGGGGGCAGGGACAUUCACCCUGGGGGUUCUGGGUCCCUGGGACUGUGACCCCAUCUUUGCCCGGGCUCUCCCCAGCGAGGCUGCCCAGCUGGCUGUGGACCGAGCCAACCAGGACUCCUCACUGGUGCUGGGCUCGCAGCUGGCGUCUGUGGUCCUUCCCACAGGCUGUGAUACCCCUCACGCCCUGGCCACAUUUCUGGCCCACAAGAACUCUGUAGCUGCUUUCGUGGGUCCCGUCAACCCUGGUUACUGCCCAGCGGCAGCCCUGCUGGCCCAAGGCUGGGGCAAGACCCUCUUUUCCUGGGCAUGUGGGGUUCCAGAGGGAGGAGGUGAGCUGGUGCCCACUCUGCCUUCGGCUGCCCACGUGCUGUUGUCCAUCAUGAAACAUUUUGGCUGGGCUCGUGUGGCCAUCGUGUCCUCCCACCAGGACAUCUGGGUGGCAACAGCCCGGCAGGUGGCCAUGACUCUCAGGACACACGGGUUGCCUGUGGUGCUGGUGACUUCUCUGGGACCCGGGGAGCAGGGGGCCACAGAGGUCCUGAAGCAGCUCUGCGGCGUGGACGGCCUGAAGACUGUCGUGCUAUGUAUGCACUCGGCGCUCCUGGGCGGCUCCGAGCAGAUGGCCCUUCUGAGACAAGCGUGGGCCCAGGGCCUGGCGGAUGGGAGGCUGGUUUUCCUGCCCUACGACACCAUGCUCUUUGCCUUGCCCUACCGAAACCGCUCCUACCCAGCCCUUGGCCACAGUGGGCCCCUUCGCGAGGUAUACGAUGCAGUGCUCAGCGUCACCCUGGAGUCUGGCCCCGUGGACAUGGUCUUCAAACCUUCUGGGGCCAGUGGAGAGGUGGCUGCUCGCCUGGAGCCAGAGCAGGUGUCCCCACUCUUUGGGACCAUCUAUGACGCCGUUGUGCUGCUGGCCCAUGCCCUGAACCGCUCCGAGGGCCUUGGGGCGGGGCUCGCUGGGGCCCACUUAGGGCACCACACGGGGGCUCUGGAUGUGGCUGGAUUUAGCCAGAGGAUCCGGACGGAUGAGAAGGGCAGGAGGCUGGCCCAGUACGUCAUUUUGGACACAGAUGGUCGGGAGAGCGAGUUAGUCCCCACCCACAUUCUGGACACAGGCACUUGGCAAGUGCAGCCCCUGGACCGGGCCAUACACUUUCCAGGAGGGGUCCCUCCGGCACGUGACUCCAGGUGCUGGUUUGACCCCAACACACUAUGCGUAAGAGGUCCGCAGCCCCUGGGCAUCCUCCUCCCUCUGGCCCUGGCCUGCGCCCUGGUGCUGGCCGGCGGGGCCCUCGCGUGCCUCCUCAGACUGGGCAUCCAGCGGCUGCAGCUGGUGCGGAAACCCCACCAGGUCCUGCUGACAGCCCAGGAACUCACCUUCAUCCCUCGACCCCUGAGCAGAUCACGGCUGCAUGUGGAUAGUGCGAGUGAAUCAAGAAGCGUGGCAGGUGGUGGGAGCCUGAGGUCAAUGGCCCAGGGGUCAGCAAGGAGCCUGCCAGCCCCCCAGGAGCCUACCAACGUGGCCCUGUACCAGGGAGAGUGGGUGUGGCUGAAGAAGUGUGAAGCUGGCACGGCCCCUGAGCUGCAGCCCAGCUGCCUCCGCCUCCUGCGAAAGAUGCGAGAGCUGCAGCACGAGAACGUUGCCGCCUGCCUGGGGUUCCUCGUGGCCCCUGGGGUCCGUGCUCUGGUGCUGGAGCACUGUGCUCGGGGCAGCCUGGAGGACCUGCUGCAGAAUGAGGCUCUGCGACUGGACUGGACCUUCAAGGCCUCCUUGCUGCUGGAUUUGAUUCGUGGUGUGCGGUAUCUGCACCAUCAACAUUUCCCGCAUGGCCGCCUCAAGUCCCGGAACUGUGUGGUGGACGACCGCUUUGUGCUGAAGGUCACUGACCACGGCUAUGCGGAGCUCCUGGACGCUCAGCGGGCUGCCUGCCCAUGGCCAGCCCCGGAAGAGCUGCUGUGGACAGCCCCGGAGCUGCUGCGGGGGCUUGGGGCGCCCAGGAGGAGCACUCUCAAAGGAGAUGUCUUCAGUGUUGGCAUUAUCCUGCAGGAGGUUCUGACCCGAGGCCCACCCUACAGCUCCUCGGGGCUCUCAGCAGAAGAAAUAAUCAGAAAGGUGGCAUCGCCCCCUCCCCUGUGCCGGCCACUGGUGUCCCCUGACCAUGGGCCAUCCGAGUGCAUACAGCUGAUGGAGCAGUGCUGGAAGGAGGCUCCGGAGGACAGACCCAGCCUGGACCAGAUCUACACCCAGUUCAAAAGCAUCAACCAAGGCAAGAAGACCAGUGUUGCCGAGUCUGUGCUGCGGAUGUUGGAGAAGCAUUCCCAGAACCUGGAGGACCUGGUCCAGGAGCGGACUGAGCAGCUGGAGCUGGAGAGGCAGAGGACAGAAAGGCUGCUGUCUCAGAUGCUCCCUCUGUCUGUGGCCGAAGCUCUAAAAAUUGGGGUGACUGUGGAGCCAGAGUACUUUGACCAAGUUACCAUCUACUUCAGUGACAUUGUGGGUUUCACCACCAUCUCCGCCCUGAGUGAGCCCAUCGAGGUGGUGGGCUUGCUCAAUGACCUCUACACACUGUUCGAUGCGGUUCUGGGCAGCCACGACGUGUACAAGGUGGAGACCAUUGGGGACGCCUACAUGGUGGCAUCGGGACUGCCCCAGCGCAAUGGGAGCCGGCAUGCGGCUGAGCUUGCCAACAUGGCCCUGGACAUCCUCAGCGUGGUGGGCGACUUCCGGAUGAAGCAUGCACCCGUCGUGCCCAUCUGCAUCAGGGCUGGGCUGCACUCAGGGCCCUGUGUGGCGGGGGUCGUGGGUCUCACCAUGCCGCGGUACUGCCUCUUUGGGGACACUGUUAACACUGCAUCUCGGAUGGAGUCCACAGGGCUACCAUACAGAAUUCACGUCAGCGGAAGCACUGCCCAGACACUGCUCAGCCUGAAUGAAGGCUACAAAAUUGACAUCAGAGGCCAGACUGAGCUAAAGGGGAAAGGCGUGGAGGAGACCUAUUGGCUGGUGGGGAAGGCAGGCUUCCCCAGACCCCUCCCCGCACCUCUGGACAUCAAACCUGGGGAUCCCUGGAAGGACCUCAUAAACCAAGAAAUCAGGGCGGCUUUUGCCAAAGUCCGACAUUGUUCAGCUGCACCUCCGAGCUCAGGGAAGGCCCAGGUCGGGCCCUGAGGAGAGGGACACAGUGGGACAGGAGCCUGCACCAGCCCACAGACUCUUAUGCCUAGACACCCAACCCCUCUCCUGCUUCGCUCCCUCCCGAGAACUCUCCUGCUCAGCCCCCAAGCAGCCAACUAGGUG